AUGGCUCCACCCGAGUUCCGUCUCCCCAUGGCCUACAGCUGGUUCUUCCUCAUCAUCGAACCUAUAUCCACCCUAGCCGGAGCCUACUACGCCCACUUCCAACCACACAAGUAUCUCCUGCUCACACACGCCGCAUCGUCUCCCUACCCCACCCCCAACGACAUCCCCCUCUCCGCCCACAUCGUGCUCACCCAACUCGCAAACCUAUAUCUCCUACUCGCCCUCAACGAAGCCCUCGUUCUCCGCUGCACCUCCGAUCUCCGCGUCUGGAAAGUCUUCCUGUUUGGUCUGCUCGUCGCGGAUUUCGGUCAUCUGUACAGUGUCAAGGACUUGGGGUGGAGCAUCUAUUGGAAUGUGGGCGCGUGGAAUAAAAUGGCGUGGGGAAAUGUAGGGUUUGUGUAUGUGGCGGCGGCGAUGCGCAUGGCUUUCUUGAGGGGUUGGGGAUUGGGUACUGAAAAGGCGCAGCGGAAAGCUGUGAGGUCGCAAACUUUAGCGAGGGGGUUGAAGGGGGCUUGA